AUGGAUUUAUCUUUAUUUAAACUUCUUCGUUCAUUCCUACUCGUUUUAUUUUUGGCAAUUUUUGAAUAUAAACGUGGUUCAUUUACAUUAUCCGGUGCAAUAACUGGUUUUAUACUUUGUUUCAUAAUUACUUAUUCAAAUAUUGUUUUUCAAUUUGUUAUGUUCACACUUGUUAUAAGUAGUUCAUUUGCUACACGUUAUAAAUCGGAUUUUAAACAAUCAAAAAUUAACGAAGAUGAUCGUCAAGUAGAUUAUAAGAAAUAUAAAAAAAUUGCACGUGAUCAUAUUCAAGUGUUAUGUAAUGGUGCUAUUGCAUGUAUUUAUGCAUGUGGUUAUUGUUGGAAAACAAAUUACUCUGGUCUUUCAUUACCAAUCGAUAAUAAACAUGAAUCAACUAUUUAUUCAAUUGGAUUUCUUUUCACAAUUGCUUGUUGUUGUGCAUCCGAACUUGGUACAGUAUUUGCUAAAGGCAAUCCACGUUUACUUACAAAUCCAUUUCGAACUGUACCAACGGGAACAAAUGGUGGAAUAUCUUCAGCUGGAUGUUUAGCUAGUCUUUUUGGUGGUUUUCUUAUUGGUAUUAGUUAUAUUAUUGGUAAUGCAGUAUUUUGUCGAUCGGAUUAUUUAAUAAAUACAUCAAUGAUAAAUAUUCAAUUAAUUUUUUAUUGUACAUUAUUCGGUCUUCUCGGUUCAUUGAUUGAUUCAUUAUUAGGUGCAGCUUUACAAUUUAGUGGUUAUGAUAGAGAACGUAAUGUUACCGUACAGAAACCUGGUCCAUCCGUUGAACGAAUCUCGGGUUACAAUAUAUUAUCGAAUAAUCAAGUGAAUCUACUGUCAUCAUUCCUUACAUCGAUUCUUGCUAUAUGGAUUAUACCACGCAUUAUAUACUGA